UGAUUGCUCUUGCCUCACGCGCAGGGUGAAAGUUGAAAGUUCGUCCUCGUGAAAACAAGGGCACGUGUAGAUUACAAGCGCAGUAUCACUAGCUGCAGCGAUGGCUGCCAUCUACUCAGGUAUCCAUCUGAAACUGAAAAGUCCUCAGACUCCAUGGGAGGACAAGUUAAAGCUGGCACGUUUUGCCUGGAUCUCCAAUCAGUGCCUUUUGUCCAACAAGGAGCAGGUGCUGUUGGACUGGUGCACACAUGCCUUGACAGGCUGGUACAGUCGUAAGGUAGAGUUUCCUGAAAAAGUUCUGGAAGGACUGUGGUGUUACCUUGAUGAUCUGCUUCACAGCCGGAAGCUCCACACUCUUCUCAAGCAGGGCAAGACCAUCAGCCUGAGGCUAAACAUGGCACAGCUGCUGCUUGACCGUCUCCAGGAGUGUUCACGCGUUGACUCUAAGUCGCCGGUGUGUGUGUCCAUCAUAUUGAGUGUGUGUCAGGGCCUUCUCUCUGCUCCUGCGCUCUCAUAUGUUUUCACCACAAAGUAUGAACUCAUGAUUGAUCUCUUGGCCAAGUUCUGCUCUCUGGCCUGCCUUGAGUUACAGAAGCCAUUGCUUGCAGAACCCCAAACAACUGAGUCUGUCACAUGUCAACAUGAGAUGAUGACUGAGGCUCAGCCUAUCAGCGAUGUGGACAGUUCUCAGGCCGAGCCGAUCACUGACAGUCCCUCAGAUGAAACACAGUUAGAUGCUAAUAAACCCCCUCCCAAGUCAAAGGAGAACCUCAGCUCGUCUAAUCUGUUUGAGGUGUUGCUUCAGGUACUGUCAUGCUAUUUGUCAGUUCAGCGACAACAAGCCAAUCCUAACAGAGUCUUCACCAUGGUAACCAACCAGGUGCUCCAGCCAUUAGUCCUACUCCGUCAGCUGCUCGCCUCUGGAGAGUUUUCACCGACUCACACACACCUUGGUCUCCGUCAGCAGCAAUGCAGAGACAUUCGCAUCAAGAUAGACUCCAUCCUUCAGUUAGCUCUCUUCCAAACCGAACACCUGACCUCCUACAAGGAGGAACUCCUUCCAUCCAAAGAGGAUUCUGGGAAACGUGGUCCUGGAGGGGCAAAAGGCCCUUUGAAGCCUGUCAGUGCAAUACUUUCCAAAUUGAGCAGUCAGGGCUACUGUGAGCCGCCCCUGUUCUACACAGUGAAGUCGAACACGUUGUCUCUGCUGUUUAAAUUCUUCCUGGAGAGCUACGGAAAAGGGAGAGGAGACAGCGAGGAGGUGCAAAGGAUGCUGUGUUUCUAUUUUCUCACCAGGUUAGUCCCAGUCUUGGAUGUAGACCUUGAUGGACACACGCCGUCACCAACCAAAGCACAACAGGCGCUCUCUGUGUCCCCUGGGCAGGAAUCUACCUCAUCCUCCCCCUGUUCCCCAGAGAGCUGGAGUCUGGCUCUGCUGGCUGUGGAGUCCCUGCUCAGCCAGGCUCUGUCAGCCGAUAUUUAUAAUGUAGCAGCAGACAGGAUCAGACAUGGAGAGGUCCAGCUGAACUUUUACAGAGCCCUGGGACAAAUGCUCUUCAACCAGGCCCAGCCAAGCACCGCAGCAUGGUACCGCUGUUUAAAGGUGCUGUUGAGUCUAAACCAUUUGAUUCUGGAGCCAGACCUGAAACAGAUGUUAUCAUCAGCCUGGGUUAAUUCUGAAUGCAGAGACGCACGAGUGCAACGGGCCCGACAGCUCUUGGUGUGCAGCCUCCUCGAGACUUACACAAAGCUCCGUCAGCUGCCUCGCCUCUUCUCUGAGCUCUUGUCUGUGAUCUGUCAGCCGGCCCUGGAUGCUCUCCGCCCUCCUCUGCUGUCUGACGACAUCUCUGCCUCGCUCAGAACUUGUCUAAUAGACACUCCCCCCUCCCAGUGCCUGGAGAUUUGCUCGCUAGUGUUAGAAAGCAUCAGGAGAUAUAUUCUACCUGACCGCGAGAAGGGGGACAAUGAGGCAGAGAAGAUGGAGGUUGACGGAGGAGGCGAUGAUAGAGGGGAGCAUAAAGACAUAAAGGUGGACCAGGAGAGAGAGGAUGCGUCUCUGAAGCUGUUCUCUCUAAGCCAGCUGCUUCAUGUCGUCAUGUUUACUCUGAAGACUCUAGAUAAUGCAUCUCCUCUUCCAUUAGUGAGGAAGAGUCAGGGGCUUAUGGAGGAGAUGCAACAGGUAGUGAAGGAGCUGCUGUCAAGACAGAAAAAGGCUGUAAAAACAAACUUAGUUUUAGUUCAAAAGACCAGAAGAAAAAGUGAAAAGAGUUUGGAGCAAAAAAAGUCAGAGAAGGUUUUAGAGUUACCAUGGGAACAGAGGACCCAGGAGGCUGCUCUCCUUCUCAGAUAUACCUUGCUGGAGGUGGACACACUCUUCAAUAUCCACAGUAGCAAAUACACAAGUCUUGACUCAACCCACACAGCAGCUGGAGGGGAGACUAAAGACCUCAAUUCAGCCGUGACACAAAUAGAAAGUCUUCUAUCUGAUGAGAUUUUACCUGCAUGUCUCCAACCAUCAUGCAGCCCCAUGACCUGUCUGCUGUACAAGCUUCUCACUUUACAACAGGUGAAGAAAGUUCUCCUCGAUUCCUCUUUACUCGCUGAAGCCAGCACUGCUGCACUUCUGAACAGAGCAGCUCGGUUUAUUUUUGCUUCCUCUGAGUUUGAGGUGAGUGGAGGUGGAGAGCAGGUGUGGGACGGGCAGAUAUGGAGUGUGAAUGCUGGCUCCUACCCUGCAGCACACUGGUUAGUCACGUCCAAUUUGCCUUUAAUAGCUCCCUACCUGAGUGGAGAAGAUGUGGGCCGCAUGGCAGAUGUUCUCGUUAGCUUGCUCCACAGCAGACAGACAGGCAGAGGGAAGGACUGUCCGCCUGGCUGUCUGACUCUCUCGCUUGUUUCUUCUCAGCUUCUCGAAAGCUCCAUUCUUGCUGAGUCGCCUUCACUGUUCUCUGCCACAGUCUGUACCCUCACUCAGAGGAGUAUUGGUGUUCUCAAGGCGGCACAUGUACCUAAGGUUUUACCAUUGUUCCUGAAGACUCAGGAGAAAGGAGCUCUUACCCAAGUUGUGAAAAAAGAGACUCUAGUUGAGGACAUUGUGGCCUUCUCAAAGAAUGGACAAGCUUCUCUUGUUCUCACAGACACACAGAGCAAAGAGCUGGUAAACAUACUGCAGAUCAUAGCCAAACUAAACCCUGAUGGGAUGAACUCUGAGGAUCUCUCCUCUGUAUUCCUCCUUCUCUUCUUCAUGCUCACCUCCACCUCUAGUCAGUCAGACCAGAUGGCUUCAGACGCUCCUGAGCACGAGGAAGAUGCUGGCUUUCUAGUGAAGUUACUCAGUAUCCUGACGUGUCUCCUGGAGGCCAAAAACUCGAGCGUUUUGAAACUCAUCCAUGGUAGCACUCUGCUGCAGGCAGCUGUGUCAUCGCUCCUUUGGCAAAGCAACAACGGUCGAUUUAGAACCACAAGUAAUGCACUUUGGUUGGAAUUAAUCAAGGCAGUGCAAAGCUUUGUUAGGUGCUUGGUCCAGUUGAUUAUAUCCAGAAACAGCAGCAUGAGACUCAACCUGGACCAGUUUGCCACUUAUCUCUCUGAAAUGGCAAGAAAGCAAACUGUGGCACCUUCUUCAGCAGCUGAUUCAGGUAAACCACAUCCAGGAGGGCCUAUUUUGGCUCGUCAACUCCUGCUGGCCUCUCUGACCUCUUUCUCACAGGCAAUGACCUCUAACCUGGGGAAUAGCAAACAGAUGGAUCAAACUUUGACCCACAUGCUAACAAGAACGACUGCUGUUCUGGGUCCAGUCGUCGAGUCUGUGUUGAAGCCUCAGUCUGUCAGUCAGUCGGCCACCCAGCUGACCAGCCUCCUCAGUCAGGCCUUCAUAGUAGAAGUUGUUACCAUCAUGCUGCAGUGCGAGCUGUCUGUUUUCUCAGUGGAGGGAGAGAAAAAGCUCACCCUGAGUCACAUGAGUCUCUAUCAGAGCUUCUGCCAGCAAAUCCUCAAAGAAAUAAGUUCUGCCCACAGGCCAAAGGACUUCCUGGUUUCCUCUCUCCAUUUCCUGUCAGCAUUCUACAAAGCAGUGAUGAGGAAAGGAGGAGAGGAGGAGGAGAAGACGGCAAAAAAUAAGUUGGAUGAUCUGUUCACGCAGAUGCUGCAGACUGUGUACAGGCUGCUCACAGCCUCUUGGCUGUCCUCAGAUGAUCUUUGUGAGCUGGAGCCGGCUGUGAAGGAGCUGCUGCGCCACCUUGUAGAAGAAAGCACUACAGGUCAGCUGAACCUGCUGCUCCUUCAGAUAGAGGGACUGGACAUAAGCAAGCUGAGGGCAGGAAACUACAGGGAGGUGUUAUCUGCAGUCAUCAUCACCAAGCUGCUGUCCUGUUGUCAGUUACCUGAGCCCUGCUCUAAAGCUCUGUGGCUCAUUACACCACAGAUCAUAUCUGCUAUGGUGUUCAUGGUGAGAUCGUCCAGUCAAGACGCCUCAUUGACCCUCCCCUUUACCGUUCCUACGGUGACUUCAAUGACAUCACUGCUGCGUCAGGGCGAAGGGCUCUUCACAAACCCCCAUCAUGUGAUCGUGGUCCUCGGGGCUCUUCAGUCUGUGCCCCUGGAUCACUUGACUCCACCCGUCUACCAGUCAGCGUUCCUGGCUGUUCAUGAGGCGCUGUUUGCCAUCAUUCAGUGUCAUCCUCAGGUGAUGUUGAACGCAGCUCCGUCCUUCUUAAAUGUCUUUCAUCGACUGCUAGCAUCCAUCAUGCAGGAGGGUCGGCAGAGAGGAGACAGUGACACAGGUCCUGACAGUGACGCGUAUCUGCAGUGCUCCAGAUUGAUAGAGAGGAUGUACUCUCACAUCGCUGCCACGGCUGAGAGCUUCACCACACUGUCAGCCUUCAUGGUGGCUCAGUACGUCACAGAGCUGCAGAAGGUCACUCUGCGGCCUAGCAUCAAGCAGCAUCUGACAGAGGGGAUCUAUCGGAUACUGGACCUGUGUUUGGAGCAGGAUAUCAAGUUUCUUACUGUGGGACUGCAGAUGGGAGUCAGGGAGGUGUUCAAUGAGCUGUACAGCAGCUACACGCACUAUCACAAAGCACAGAGGCAAGGAGAAGACAAGUACACUGUUUGAACUGCCACAGUGAGCACUACCCAUCUUUGCCUUGGUUUUCAAUAAAAAAUCUUUUUUUAAACUGAAA